AUGGACAAACAAAAACCGACAAAAACUACUGCUAGCGGGACAACAAUGAUGAUUACUACCAACAACAACCGUGCGGCCGCUGUUCUGUCUCGACCUGUGCAGCGGGUGCUUCAAAAUUUUCUUCUGGUUUGGCUUGAUGCCAAUAUCAAUGAAUCGAAUGAAGAUUACAAGAAAUUAUUACAACAAUUACGGCGUAUUGUGGCAUCUGUCACAACAUUUACAGAUGCUCAAAAAUGCGUCGAUUUUCUAAGUGAAAUCAAAAGAGAAAAAGUAUUUAUGAUUGUAUCUGGUUCACUGGGACAGCAUGUGGUACCAAAAAUUGAGGCAUGGCCACAAUUGGAAUCGGUGUAUAUUUUUUGUAGCAAUCAAUCGGUUCAUGAACAAUGGGCCAGAAAAAUAGAUAAGGUAAAAGGUGUGUACGCAAACAUCGAAUCGAUUUCUGAAGCAUUACAAAUCGAUCGUGAAAAUUGUGAUCGAGCUAUGAUCUCGAUCAGUUUUAAUGGCAUUGAUGCGUUAUUUAUGUAUACGCAAUUACUGAAAGAUGCUUUUUUGGAAAUCGAAGAGGACGAUGCAAGAUCUAUUAAAAACCUCGUAGACUAUUGUCGUCUUCAAAAUCAUAUUGAUGAAGACGAAAUUAACAAAGUCGAACGCGAGUAUUACCAACAUACACCGAUUUGGUGGUAUACAGCACCAUACUUUAUAUGCUCUAUGCUCAAUCGGGGUCUUCGACUAAUGGAUAUCGAUAUUAUACUUAAAAUCGGUUUCUUCGUUCGAAAUUUACAUCACCAUAUUGACAAUUUAUAUCAUGAACAACAAUCCAGCAAGAAGACUACGUCAACAUUCAAAGUUUUCCGUGGUCAAGGUUUAUCAUUGGCAGAUUUCGAAAAAAUGAAAAAAACCAAAGGUGGCCUAAUGUCCUUCAAUAAUUUUCUUAUGACAAGUCUCAAUCGAAAAGUCUCACUUGACGAUUUUGCACGUCCAGCAGCAGUCAAAAAUCCUCAGACGGUUGGCAUACUCUUCAUUAUGACCAUCGAUCCAACUGUAUGUGCAACAUCAUCGAUUCCAUUUGUCAACAUGAGCAAUGUUGGCUACUUCAAAGAUCGAGAAGCAGAAAUUCUUUUUACAACGCACACUGUUUUUCGCAUUGACCGGAUUCAACAAAUAGACGAGGAUCACACUGAUAGGCUAUGGAAAGUCAAUCUCACUCUUACGGGUAACGAUAAUCGUGAUCUAAACACGCUCACAGUACCUCUACGAAAAGAGCUCAAUUGGGCAACAGGCUGGUCUCGACUUAGUGCUAUACUUAUGAAAAUGGGUGAAUCUUCCAAAGCAGAACAACUCUAUAAUAUCCUCCUCGAAAAUGCAUCUUCUGAUGAAGAGAGAUCGGAAUACAAUCAUCGACUUGGCUGCAUGUAUGAUAACAGGGGCGAGUACUCGAAAGCACUUUCAUUUUACGAAAAAGCACUUCAUAUAUACGAAAGAAUUCACCCUCCGAAUCAGCUCGCCUGGGCUACUUCCUAUAACAAUAUUGGUAAUGUGUAUUAUAACAUGGGCGAGUACUCGAAAGCACUUUCAUCGCUCGAACGAUCACUUGAGAUCCGAAAAAUAGUUCUCCCUGCGAAUCAUUCCGAUUUGGCUGCUUCCUACAACAACAUCGCUGCCGUAUAUAAAAACAUGGGCGAGUACUCCGAAGCACUUUCAUUUUAUGAAAAAGCACAUGAAAUUGAUCGAAAAAUUCUUCCUCCAAAUCAUCCUCAAAUCGCACAAUACAAAAAAAAUAUUGAAAAUGUGACAAAAAAAUUGUAA